AUGGUUUCCACUUUUUCACAUUGCGGAGGUUGUGAAAUUUCGGUCGGAUUUGCGGGGAAGCGAAUUAGAUCGCGGUAUAAGGCGGAUGUUGUUGUUGGAGACUUGAAACGCUCUUCAGACGUCAAACGUGUUCAUUCGACGUCAGCCGAUUCGCAUACAGUCAUGGGCUGUGGUGCUUCCCGCAAGCAAGUCCAAGAGCCGGAACCUCCUGUCGUUCAGGAGAGAAUCCCAGCGCUGCCCGAGGAUGGCAAUGCAGGGCCAGGGAUCAAGCGCACACGAUCGAGGGCGAGAAGGGGCAGCGACGCGGCGACGUCCUUCUUUGAUAUCCCUCCAUCCUCUGCGACAGAGCAAAUCAACGGAACAGAGACAGCAGACAAGCCUGUCGACCAGCGAGCCUACCUGAUGGAGGGGCUGGGCGAGGGAGGAGGAGGCGAGAGCCGAGCUCUUAUGGAGGAUCUUGCGCUGAACGGAGCACUAGCCUCGCCAAGGCCGCAGAAGGCGGAGCAGGAGGAGGCGGUAGAGGCGAAGCCGCAGAGCCAGUCGUACCUGAUGGAGGGGCUGGGCGAGGGAGGAGGAGGCGAGAGCCGAGCUCUUAUGGAGGAUCUUGCGCUGAACGGAGCACUAGCCUCGCCAAGGCCGCAGAAGGCGGAGCAGGAGGAGGCGGUAGAGGCGAAGCCGCAGAGCCAGUCGUACCUGAUGGAGGGGCUGGGCGAGGGAGGAGGAGGCGAGAGCCGAGCUCUGAUGGAUGAUCUUGCGCUGAACGGAGCACUAGCCUCGCCAAGGCCGCAGAAGGCGGAGCAGGAGGAGGCGGUAGAGGCGAAGCCGCAGAGCCAGUCGUACCUGAUGGAGGGGCUGGGCGAGGGAGGAGGAGGCGAGAGCCGAGCUCUUAUGGAGGAUCUUGCGCUGAACGGAGCACUAGCCUCGCCAAGGCCGCAGAAGGCGGAGCAGGAGGGGUAG